CAAACAUAUUCAGUUAAGAUCGAAUCGCAGUUGAGCAAACACGUUCCGGUCUCGCUACAUCAAAGCAGCUAUUUACAGUUACGCAAUUUCAAAAUUUGAAAAAUUUUGAUCUUUUCAUAAAUAAUACGUUAAAGCAAUAGUGUUAUGCAGCAAAAAAGUUUAUGUAUUUUAUUAGUCCUAUUUGGAGUCGUAGCGCAAGGUCAUGGCGGUCCCAUUCAAACAUCCGAGUGCCCGGAAAAGAUAGGUGAACAGGCAUAUGCUCACACUGAGCGAUGUGAUCAAUUUUUUCUAUGUACAAAUGGUACUUUGACUUUGGAAACCUGUGAAAACGGCCUCUUGUUCGAUGGGAAAGGAUCAGUACAUAAUCAUUGCAAUUAUAACUGGGCUGUUGAUUGUAACGGGCGAAAAUGGGAUCCGACACCGAUAACAACACCUGGUUGUGAUUAUCAGUUCGGUAUUUACCCUGUAUCAAAAGAGUGCACCACCACAUAUAUAAAGUGCGCAUUCGGUGAGCCAAUCGAGCAGGAAUGCGAUGCAGGAUUAGCUUAUGACGACAGAAUUCAUGGUUGUAACUGGCCCGACCAACUAUUAGAUAUUUGCAAUCCAGAAGCUGUCGUCGGUUUCAAAUGUCCAACCAAAGUUGAUUCCGGAUCCCCAGCUGCACGCUUUUGGCCGUUCCCACGUUUUCCUGUUCAAGGUGAUUGCCAUCGAUUAAUAACAUGCGUUGAAGGGUAUCCACGUUUGAUCACAUGCGGGGAAGACAAAGUAUUUGAUGAAAAUACACUUACUUGUGAAGAGGCGGAAUAUGCAUCCUCUAAAUGUAACAACUUUGGAAAAUAACUGACAUGAUUGGUUUCUUUUUAAUAGACAAAUACUCUGUAAAUAAUUUUGCACAAUAUUUACAAUAUUUUUUUUGUUUUAUCUUAAUAAAAAAAAUGUGUAUAUA